AUGUUAUAGGAACCAAUUUAAUAAAUUUAUGAUUUUUAAGAAUAUUAAAUAAAUUAAGGUAUAUAGUAUUAUAGUUAUUUAUAGAAGUUCUGAAUGAUAUGUUAUCUAGAGUAAAUAAUAAAUUAAUUAGUAGAAUUUUGUCAAUAAAAGUAGAAGAUAGAUCAAAUUACUUAUAGAUUUAUGAAGGAAGUAUUUUAGAAUUAAUGCAAUAAUAAAUAAAUAAUAAUAACAAAUUUACUAUUCCAAGUAAUCCAGCUGACAUUUUGAAUGAACAUGCUAUAGAGAUUUAAUCAAGAGUAUUAAGGAGAGAAUAAUAAUCAUAAGCAUAAUCAUUUCUUAUGUAAUCAACAAAAUAACAUCCAUUAUUAUGA